AUGCCCGAGGAGCAGCGCCGAGCGGCUCCUCGCCAGCCCGCCGCCGAGCGCAGUGCCAACAUCUCAGCCUCCGGCUGCCCUGAGCGCUGGGUCGAGCCCACGUUUACGCCGGCCGCCUGGGUCCGGGUCGUCAUCACCGUCGUCCUCUUCCUGCUAGCGGCAUGCAGCAACGCCGCGGUGCUCUGCAGCCUCCUGAGGAAGAGGAGGAAGUCCCACGUGCGGCCGCUGAUCCUCAGCCUGGCGCUGGCGGACCUGCUGGUGACGGUGGCGGUGAUGCCGCUGGACGCCGUGUGGAACGUGACGGUCCAGUGGCGCGCCGGCGACCUCUCCUGCAAGCUGCUCAACUUCCUCAAGCUCUUCGCCAUGUACGCGGCCGCCCUGGUGCUGGUGGUCAUCAGCCUGGACCGCCACGCGGCGGUCCUCCGCCCCUUGGCCUUCGCCAGCGCCCGCCGGCGCAAUAAGCACCUGCUCUGCGCCGCCUGGGUCUCAAGCCUCCUGCUGGCUUCACCCCAGCUUUUCCUUUUCCACCUGCACACCAUCCCGGGAGUGAAUUUCACCCAGUGUGUUACUCACGGCAGUUUCCAAGAGCACUGGGAAGAAACCGUCUACAACAUGUUCACCUUUACCACCCUCUACAUCACCCCGCUGAGCGUCAUGAUUAUUUGCUACAUCCGAAUCGUAUGGGAAAUCAGUAAGCAGCUGAAGAUCAACAAAGGUCUGAUAAGAAAUAAAAACGACCACAUCUCCAAGGCACGCAUGAAGACCCUCAAGAUGACCAUAGUGAUUGUUGCUACCUUCAUCAUCUGCUGGACUCCGUAUUACCUCUUGGGCUUGUGGUACUGGUUCCAGCCAGAUAUGAUCCACAGGAUGCCGGAGUAUAUCAACCACAGCUUUUUCCUCUUUGGCUUGCUACACACAUGCACCGACCCUGUCAUUUAUGGACUGUACACCCCGUCCUUCCGCGAGGACAUGCAGUUGUGUCUCAGAGGCAUUGAAACAGCAUUUACCAGGCAGGAGAGACAUAGACCUGUCCCAGAUUCAGAGAGGAAUGUCAAAGGUGAUGCUGUAAAUGGUGGAGUGGCUUCAGGGGGCUCCAACGGGACGACUGUGCACACGGUGUGCUGAACGGACGUAUGUGAAAGGAGUCCAGAGACCCAGCUUCAGGGGCCGCUUCAUCCCGCAGCCUCGUUUUGGAGACUUUCCACCUUUGGUCAGUGUGAGUCUCUGGCCAAAAAUUAUAAUAGGGAAUGUUUCUGCAACCUCUGCUCAGGGUGAAAAACAUUGGUUUUGGAGGUAAUUAUGGUUGUUCCUCCAUAUACUGGGAGGUUUGUGACAGCUAGGAAACCAGCCUUUGUCACCUGUAUGUGCUGCUCCAGGCCAGGUGUCCCCUAGCACCGCCUCUGGGAUCGAGCACCCACCACGCUUCCAGAACCAACCCAUGGGAGAAGACAUGCUGGUUGCUCAGCCGUAUGGAACGAGGACCGUGUUGCAUGGGGGGCUCAGCCUGUGAGUGCCCCCUGGGGCCUGUUCCCAAGUGUAAAUCUGUGCAGGUGCAUAGUGCUCUGAGGAACUGGGCCCCGAGACAUCGCAAACGUGGGAACUGCAGGCUUUGAUUCCGUUUUCUCUCUCCGUUGUAGGAAAAUCGCUCUUGAAAUUUCUGCUCUCCUGGCUCCGUGCCUGCCUGGUUCUCUCAAAGCCUUGGGUGAAGCUCCAAGAAGGAUUUAAUCUUGGGG